AUGAGCUCCAUUUACUGCCCAGGUCUCAGCCACCAAAGUGAUGCACAGAGUCCAGAGGUGACCUGGUACCAGAAUGGAAAACUUCUUUCUGAAAAGAGGAGCAACCCAAUUGAAGUGGAUGAAGUUUAUGACUAUCAUCAGGGCACAUACGUGUGUGAUUACACUCAGACAGAUAAUUCAAGUUCAUGGACAGUAAGAGCUGUUGUUCAAGUGAAAACCAUUGUGAAAAACACUAAUCUCAAGCCAGAUAUUCUGGAUCCCAUCAAGGACACCUUGGAAGUAGAACUUGGAAAGCCUUUAACUCUUAACUGCACGGCUCGAUUUGGCUUCGAAAUAAACUUUAAUCCUGUGAUAAAAUGGUACAUCAGAGAUUCUGACCAGGAGUGGGAAGUCGAAACACCCAAGGGACGAAGUGUUAAAUCCACCUUAAAGGACGAAGUCAUAGAACGUGUUGUCCUCUUGGAAAAAGUUACUGAGAGUGAUCUUCACAAGAAGUUCAUUUGCUUUGCCCAGAACUCCAUUGGGAACACUACUCAGUCCAUCCAGCUAAAAAAGAAGACAGGAGCGGUGUUCCUCUACGUCCUCCUGGGCACAGUCACGGGCCUGGCAGGCAUGCUGACCACGGGCGCGCUGUUCUACAUGUACUGGAUUGAAAUAGUGCUGCUGUACCGAACCUACCAGAGCAAGGACGAGACGCUCGGGGACCAAAAGGAGUUCGACGCCUUUGUAUCCUAUGCGAAAUGGAGCCCCUUUGAGAGCGAGGCCUCUACAUCUCUGAGUGAGGAAACCUUGGCCCUGAAUCUUCUCCCUGAUGUUUUGGAAAACAAAUAUGGAUAUACCCUGUGCCUGCUUGAAAGGGACGUGGCCCCCGGGGGAGUGUACACAGAGGACAUUGUCAGCGUUAUUAAGAAAAGCAGGAGGGGAAUCUUCAUCUUGAGCCCCAACUAUGUCAGUGGACCCAGCAUCUUUGAACUACAAGCAGCAGUGAAUCUGGCUUUGGAGGAUCAAACACUCAAACUGAUUUUAAUUAAGUUCUCUUCCUUCCAAGAGCCGGAGUCCCUACCUCAUCUAGUGAGAAGAGCUCUCAGGGUUUUGCCUACCGUCACCUGGAAAGGCUUAAAAUCAGUUCCUCCUAACUCUAGAUUCUGGACCCAAAUACGCUACCACAUGCCUGUGAAAAGCUCCAGGGGAGUCACGUGGAACCAUCUGAGAAUUAUGCCAUGGAUUUUUUCUCUGCAAAAGACGCAGUAAGACAGAACCCACUGGGAGGAGUUCCCAGCCUGGAGGACGGUAAAAUGCACGUGAACUGCUUCCCCUGCCUCCCAUCCUGCCCCUGGUGAGCAGAGACCUUGACGGACGGAACACGCAGCACACUCCAGGCUGCUAUCACCGGGAGGGGCCCUGCCAGCCCCGAGCAAGCUUGGCCAGCACUGGAAUGAACGCAAGCUGUGGUGCAAGGCUCUGAUUCCCUGGACAGGACAGAGAGAGGGCGAAUUCUCCAGACUCCUGCACACAUUCAGCCCACAAAGUCCCUAAGAUUUUCCUAGUGGUCUGAGCAGAAUCGGCAGAUACAGCCACCUGGUUUUGUGGCUGUGGACUGUUGUGUCUGUUAUGUAUCGUAUACAUCGCUUUAUAUAUCUUUGCAA